AUGAUAUCUAGGUGUAAAAUAUGUGAAGCACCAGCACAAGGUGUUUAUUAUGGAUGCAUCGCAUGUAAAUCAUGCAAAACAUUCUUUAAACGAAACGCCGAGAAACAGAGAAUACGUCGAUGUUUGUAUGGGAAUAAUUGUCAUAUUAUAAAUAUUAGUAAUGGACAUAUUUGUACAUGUUGUCGAUUGAAGAAAUGCCUGGAGAACGGUAUGGAUACAGCCAGAUUUCGAGAGCCUUGGAAGAACUCAAAGCAGAACAAAUUGAUUGCACAAAACUCGAAUAUAAUCACACUUAAAACGCCUGAAAAGCUGCCAACUUUAAAUCUACUGGCAGCAGAUCAAUCAGAUUUGACCAGCGAUCAAUGGAAACUUCUUUCGAAUUUGUUACAAUGUUAUGACGAAUACAGUGGGUUAUUAAUUGGUCGAAAUUACCUGCAUGAACAAAACAAACUUCCUGUUAAACUACGCUAUAAGCCCGUAACAGUGAUUGAGUUAAUCACUUCACUAAUGCGUCAGAAUCCUCUUCUGUACAUCAAUAAUCGAGAUUUCAUUGAUCUAUCGGAAAAUGAUCGUGCACUUCUAUUGGAUAACACUCUUGUCUACACAACAACAAGUUCUGUGAACUUUGUUCAUUCUCAAAUCGGUCUCAAUGAUUUACCUGUUUUUCUCGAGGCUGUCGGACUGAUUAGUCAUCCAAGUUACAUUCCAACUGUUCAACAAGUUGCUCAUCGUAUAGUUCCGGAUAGUAUUAUCAUGAAAUUGUUGUUCGCAAUCAUCUCCUUCUCAACUGUGCAAUACACGGUCUAUCGAGACGAACCUCCUCGAAAUCUAUCGAACAUCGCCCGAAUCCUAAAAAUUCAAGACAAAUACGUUGACUUAGCAUGGCGAUACUUAGUCUACACUUACAAAUUUGAGUGGACAGUGAAGUAUUUUUCCGAUCUGUUACGAUUUUUAUUUGUUAUACACGAUGGUGUAAGAAAAGCUGAGGAAGUUAAAUGGUACACAAAUACAAUUGAUUCUUUAACUCAACAAACAAAAGAUGUUCUAACUGUCGAAGACUAG